AUGUCUGAUUUCAAAGUUAAAAAAACUGAAGCUGAGUGGCGUGCAACUCUUUCUCCAGAACAAUUUUAUGUUCUUCGAUUAAAGGGAACUGAAAGACCUGGCACUGGAGAAUACAAUAAACAUAAAGAAGAAGGCACUUACAAUUGUGCUGCUUGUGAUAACCCAUUAUACAAAUCUGAAACCAAGUUUGAUAGUGGAUGUGGGUGGCCUGCAUUUUUCGAGGCAAUUCCGGGAGCUAUUAAAUUGAAUAAAGACACCUCUAUGGGCAUGGAUCGAACAGAAAUGGUUUGUGGCAACUGUGGUGGCCAUUUAGGCCAUGUCUUUAAAGGCGAAGGCUUUCCCACACCAACAGAUGAGCGACACUGUGUUAAUAGUAUUUCCCUUAAAUUUAUUUCUGAUGAAAAAUAA